ACUGAAUGCAAAUCGGCCUUGAGCAAACCGCUGCGAGAAUUGUUGGUUGAGCAAGAAUCACAGGAACCUGUUAGACCCGAUGUCGCCCGGACCGAUAAUCCUUCGUUGAUGGCCGUGAAUUGUCAAAUGCCAGAAAUGUGUCUUACCCGAGUACAGCGAGACGGAUUUCAUAGCCCAUUUCGUAAUGCAACUUUAGAUUUUCUGCUUAAUCCAAAAACGAGCAAUUCGCUCGGUCGUUUGUCCAAUGGCCAAAUAGGAGUUGUUCUAUCCCCACCAGAACGUCAAGCCUUAUUUGAAUGGUGGAUAGAAUUCGGUAAACGUCGGUCUCAGUAUGUGCCAAUAUACGCUCGAGGCGCUUGGACCGGUGUAUCCGUAGACAACUCUGCAACAGAAAAACGAAAACGCGUGCAACUCAGUGACGAGCCCGUACUUCCGGCGUCUGUCGAACGAUUUAUCCGUGCGCAUGAUCGCCAGCUUGCUGAAAUCCUCCAGUUAAGUGCACUGAACGAACAUGGAAACAUUAGCGAGGAGAAGGACGUUGCUACAUCCGCUACAGAAUCACCGAAUCCUCCUCAUGCAGCGCACAGCGCUGAAAACGGGACGCUUGACAACCAUUCAUCUGGCACACAGCCUCCAUCUGCGCAGACAAAAAAUGCGGCGGUUGCAUUCGGACCAAGCGAGAGUAUUCAGUGGCUUGUACAAAUAUGCUCCAUGGCCUGUGGUUCCACCCAUUGGAGCCAAUUACUUACGGAGAUCGAAAUGCUCGAGUUGAUGCUGUUCCCCAAAGAGGGCACGCCUGAGAAAUUUCGCCAGGCUGAUCUGGCCCUGAUUUCUUGUUUGGAUUUGCGUUGA